UACCCGCGGGGUCUUAAAAGCAUUGAAAAAGUCUUAAAUUUGAUUAUAUAAAAUUAAGGCCUUAAUAGCCUUGAAUUUGGUAUACAAAGUCUUGGAUUUCGUUACAAAGGUCUUAUUUAUUUAUUUUUAUUUUUUUACUUUUCCUAGGAUUAAGUUCAUACCAUAACAAAAUAAACUUUUACUAUUGUAGGCUAAUUAAAAAUUCAUGCAGCGUAAUGUCGAGUGCACUUCGCGCUCCACGUCAUAGCAGUAAGCGCGAAAGCUCGCGCACCCGUUACUAUGGUUACUAGGCAAGUGAGGUAAAUUACAGAACAAGAUAGUAGCUAGCCUAGUUUGUCGGCUAAAAUGGGAAAGUGUCGGUUUAAUCCGCUGUGGACAAGGAAUCCGAAUUACGCUUGGGUCAAGCCUGUGCCAGGAAAUGACCGCGAGGCCUAUUGCUGUUGGUGCAGGAAAUCUUUUAAGCUAGCGACAAUGGGUGUUACGGCCCUGGACUCCCAUAUGAAGGGUGCCAAACACACCGCGUGUAGCACUGCUCGCCAACACCAACCACCUAUUGGCCCGUUCUGUGCACCGCGGAUCUCUUCGGUUACUGAAACAGCUCUGACUAUCAAUAAUGAAGACAUUUCUACAAUAGAAAUGCCACCACAGCCAAGGAACAUUCUAUCGUACUGUGGCUCGACACCAACUCUGCGGGCAGAGGUGAUGUGGGUCCUUAAAACAGUCUCUGAGCACCACUCUUACACUUCAAAUGAAAACGUUACAGAGAUUUUUAAAAUCAUGUUUCCUGACUCCGAGGUUGCAGCUACAUUCUCGUGUGGAAGCAACAAAACGGCAUAUAUUACUAAAUUCGGAUUAGCUCCCUUUAUAACGAAAGAACUGACUGACCAUGUCAAUAUGUCCAACGGGUUUGUGAUCAUGUUUGACGAGAGUCUCAAUAAGAUGACGAAAAGUAAGCAGUUGGACCUUCAUAUUCGCUACUGGGUGGACGACCACGUCCAGUCACGAUACUUCGGCUCGCAGUUCAUGGGUCAUGCAACGGCGGUGGACUUGCUCAAACAUUUCAAAGAGUGUGUAUGUGACCUUGACUUGAGGAAGAUGGUCUCUGUGUCUAUGGAUGGACCCAAUGUUAAUUGGCGGUUUUUUGAGAUGCUGCAGCAGGAGCAUGCAGAGCAUUUUGGGGGUGCUCAGCUGGCAGUGGUGGGGAGUUGUGGCCUGCAUACUCUCCAUAAUGCUGUCAAAUGUGGAUUCACCGACUGGCAUAUGGAGAAGUUCCUAAGAGCUCUGCAUACAAUUUUUCACAAUGUGCCAGCAAGAAGGGAGGAUUUCUGUAAUCUAACAAAAUCCAAAAUCUUUGCUUUGCCUUUUUGUGGUCAUCGCUGGGUCGAGAACUUCCCUGUGGCGGAGAGGGCCCUUGUCAUCUGGCCAGACAUGAUGAAGUAUGUGGAGGCUGUUAGCACCAAAAAGCUUCCUAACCCUGGGACGUCCUCCUAUGAUACCAUUGCGGCGGCAACCAAAGACCCUCUCAUUCUGGCAAAGCUUCACUUUUUCAUGGCAGUGUGUCGAAGUGUAACACCUUUCCUCACCAGAUACCAGACUGAUGAGCCUGUGCUGCCUUUCAUUGGUAAUGACUUGGCUGAACUGCUGAAGAGUUUGCUGAGGCGAUUCAUCAAACAAGAACUUCUCAAUGAUGCCACACCUCAGCAUUUGGUCCGGCUUGAUGUUAGUGACAUGCAGUCCAGGGUUCAUCUUAGAGCUGUUGAUAUUGGCAUUGGAGCUGAGGCUGCAAUAAAGGAACGUCAGCAGCAGAGUAGAUCCACUGAGGAGCUUUCUGUCCUCCAGUUCAGAAAGGAAUGCAUGGAGGGUCUGUCCAAAAUUGUGAAGAAGAUUCAAGAGAAGAGCCCUUUGAAAUUCCCAACUGUAAGGCAAAUGACUUGUCUUAACCCAGCUGUGAUGUAUUCAAAUCCAGAAUUGUGUCAGGGCCAGAUGAAGUGUCUAGUCAAAAGGUUUCUUCAAGACAAGCAGUUAGAUGGGGUUGCUACAGGUGAUCUGAUCAUUCAGCAAUUUUCACAAUUGUUGUCCCUGGAGGUGAGGAAUGAGAAGUUCCUGUCUUUCAAGCCCCUCGAGAAGAGGCUGGAUGUGUUCCUCCAUCCUUAUAUAAGUCAGCCCUACCCACAGCUCUGGGCUUUCAUCAGAAACCUUCUGCUCCUCUCCCAUGGGCAGGCUACAGUGGAGAGGGGCUUCUCUAUCAAUAAACAAGUAGAAACUUGUAAUAUCCAAGAGGACACUGUCAUUGCACAAAGAGUUGUGUGCGAUUACGUGUCCAUGCAUGGGGGUGUUAACAAGGUGCCCCUCACACCAGAGCUCCUGUCUUCAGUCACAUCAGCAAGGGUGAGGUACAGGAUGCAUCUUGAAAGUGAACGAAAGAAAAAAGAAUCUCAAGCACAUAGUCAAAGAAGAAGAAUAAUUGAAGAGGAGUUGGAGCAGCUAAAAAAGACAAGACAGACCAUCCAGGAAGUUGCGGAGCAUCUGAGUAGGGAUGCAGACAAGAUGGCAGAGGAGGCUGAGGACAAACAAGGCAGCAAAAUGGCAGAGCUAAUUGCCAAGUCAAACGCGUUGAGAAGAAGCUACAAGCAGAAGUUGACAGAACUUGAGAGCCUGGGCGAAAAAAUUGCAACCAAGGCAGCAGAGCUGCGAAGACUGUAGUGUUCAACACCAAGUUCAAAUAUAUUUGUUUUUUACAAAUCAAAUGUGUUACGCUGUUGCGUAUGUAUUAAAUAUAACUGAUAAUUUAAAUAAAAUGUUUUAUUUAAUUCAAGUAGUACUUGUACAUAAUUAUUUUCUAGGGUUGAAAAUUUAUACAGAUUUGACAUUUUCCCGUCAUACUUCUGUCAGAAUGGGUACAAAGUUGGCAUUGAAUUUCAUUUAAAAUGGUAUUAAAAAGGUCUUAAAAAGCCUUGAAUUUCAUUUGGAGGAUCCUGGGGGUACCCUGUUUAUGUACUUAUGUACUAAAUAAAUUCCUUUGUGAGCGCGUAUGAGACCUCUUUCAAACAAAUUUUUUCUAAAUCUUACUGACCCAAAAUUAAACCUGAACUUUAUUGUUAUUACAAGACUUAUA